CACUUCCUGUGAGGACGGAAGUUGUGGCUGAACUCUACGGUGCUUGUGCACCUAACGGCGUCUGUUGGCGAGAAGCAUCCACAACAGAGCGAAAUCCGCCCGAAACCGAGAGUUUAAACAUGAGCCGUAAACGGAACCACGGCUACAUCGAGGCGGGCCAGUCCUCCGAGUGUCCGCCGGCGCUGCUGGACGGGGGCGGGGGCGGGAGCGGCGGCUCGGCGGCGGCGGGUCGCUGUGAGGAGGAGCUGUGUGAGCUGGAGUCCGAUGAGGAGCUGCUGUGCUCGGUGGGAGAGAUCAGCGAGCACCUGGGCAGGAACAUCACCGUGGUGCUGGAGGCGGCGCUGUCCGAGAUCCGUAAGAUCGUCAGCGUGAGGAUCCGGGUCCUGAAGAUGGAGCUGCGGGAGAAGAGCGACGAGAUCGAGCUGCUGAAGGCGAGGCUGGAGUGUGUGGAGAGGGACAGCCGGGAGGCGGGCAUGGACCCCGCCGCCGCUUACCCCCGGAGAGCCGAGCUGCUGGGGCAGAAAUACGGCUCAGAUCAGAAGAAGCUGAAGGCUGGAGCUCCUGUGGUGAAGAAGGAGAACAUCAACGCCAUCUGUGACUAUCUGAUGAAGGACAAGAACUCCAGAGGCAGCGGAGCCGAGGGGGAGGGGGAGCAGCUCGGCCCGGGGGCAGGAGACCCCGAGAGGAGCCUGUGGACUGACAGCGGGAUGAGCCACGGAGGCCCCGGGGAGCCCGGCAGCGACCCCGGGGCAGAGGACAUCUUCAGCAUGCUGCCCUCGGGCAGUAAACGCCUGUACGACUAUGAGUGGAUGGCAGGAGUGGAGCUCAACUCAACUGACUUCAAAGGUGAGUCAGAGACAAAAUGUGAGAAUAUCUCUUCAGGAAGAGAGGCUGAGGAAGAGGAAAGAGGAUCAGAAGAAGGGAGAGGAGAGUUGGGGCUGGUCUCUGACGCACCCUCUGCUUCAUUUCCUCUGGACAGUCAUGCUUCCUCAGGGGAGGAAAGGAGCAGCCCUGUGGGGGACAGUAUGGACAGAUUAGACCCAGGCCAACACUUCUCCUCUCACACCUUCAUUUGCCCCUUCUGCGGAACCCUCUGCCCCGACUCCACAUUCCUGGAGGAGCACAUGAAGCUGAUGCACCGAGACGAGAGCAUCCAGGCCAUGCAGUCCACCUCCUCCACAUCCCGCGGGGAGGGUUCUGAAGGAGAUGCAGGGCGGGCCGCGGGGGUCCCGGAGGCUGCGACUGCGGUUCGGCUGCCUCGGGAGAGGAAGGUGGAGGGGGGCUACGAGUGCGGCGACUGCGGCCGUCACUUCAACUACCUGGGAAACCUGCGGCAGCACCAGCGCAUCCACACCGGCGAGAAGCCCUUCGUGUGCCCCGAAUGUGGCGAGCGCUUCCGGCACGCCGCCCGCCUCAAGAGCCACCGACUGAGCCACAGCGGCAACCAGAGCCCCUUCCCCUGCCCGCAGUGUGGCAAAGGCUUCCCGGUGCUGUCCGGCCUCAAGCGGCACCAGCGUGUUCAUACGGGAGAAAGCCCCUACGCCUGCCCCCAGUGCGGCCGCCGCUUCAAAGAGCUGGGCAACCUGUACACGCACAUGCGCAUUCACAGCGGAGCCACGCCCUACUCCUGUUACCAGUGCGGGCGAAGCUUCCGCCACUUAGGUACGUACAAAAGCCAUCGCUGCACGCCAGCUACACAGCUGCCCAGCGGCCACGGACCGGCGUGGGCUCAGGAGGACAAGGUACAGACGGGGUAACAGAGCCAUACUGACUUAAAUAUGACUUUAAAUAUGGUACUACAGGCGUUUGCUCCUUUCUACAGCUAUUCAGUUUGAGGAAUAGCAGGACUCUUGGGACGAGCGUGCUCUUGGACAGAUGUGCACAGUUGUAGGACAUUUUAAAAGGGAAGAACUAUUUAUGAGCUCCCAUUUGUGGGAGGUUAUUUCUGAUAUACUAGUACAGAUCAAACUAAAGGGAUAUUGUUUUUUU